GCACCAAACAAUGCAUGAAAUGGCUCCUUGACAACGAUCACCGACUCAUGGACCAAGCGGCUGUAGUUCCACUAUACACCUACCACCAAUGGCCGGAUCAAAAGCCUCCGGCUAUUCAAUACAAGCCUCGACCCUUGCCAUAUCAGCUUCCUCCACAGCAUCUUGCUAUCCCGUCUGGCUUCUCUGCUCCCAUUCCUACCAUACCACUCGCCGCACCUCUGCCAUUCGUUUGGGAUCCUCUCAACCAUGACUACUUUUGCUACGAACCAGAGACAACGUGCUUCGUCUACUUCAAGAUCGGAAGAGUAUAUUACGACGAACUGAAACGAGAGCACUACCGUCCGGCCGUCCCGGAAGCUCUGAACUUUUCGAAAUCUUAUCCGACCUACCGGGUCUAUCAAAAUGGCGAAGUCAUGUUCUAUGACCCGCGCAGAAAAGACUGGUAUGCAUACGACCUGAAAUACCGCCGCAUCGUCUGGCGCGAUCAAAGAUGGUGGCCGAUGUGAAGUAAGUCUCCAACUUCUUCAUAUCGUCGGUCUGCCGGGUCUCGGGGAAUGCGUUCUAUUGCCCGUGUAGAUUUGCAAAUUAGGCAUGUACACUCCCCCUUCUUAGCCUUGAUCUGAGCCUUAGUACAUGCCAUGCCUGUGCUACAGUUAGCUAGCUUCAUCAUUCUGUAGGCACUAAGGUGUCCUAGAGAUCGAUAAGUAACCUAGAAUGGUUCAUUAUCGAAAUCUAUUUUAGCGACAGUUAGAUGUUCGACGGCGGCUAUCUCUGUUAGAGUGUUAGCUACAUCUAGGACCGAUGCAAGUUAGACAUAAUAGAGAUUGUUAAUU